GGUGUAUGAUUAUUAUCAGAGUCAAAAGUAUAGUAUCAUGGAGAUCAAAGGCAGAGCCACGGGGGUCAAGAGGGGGCAAAUGACCCCCUGGCCCGCCUAGAAAUUUAGGGGCAAACGUUUCCAGCAAUACUUCUAUGUUCAAACUUGAAAACCAGACCUUCCUGCUCACAAACAGUGGAAGGCUUUGCUUCAUGUCAGCUUCUACUGCUGCUGCAGUGGCAGAUGCUACCAUGAACCCUUAUUUUCAUCAACAAAUUUCCACAAAUCCAUAUACCCAGAUAGAACCACCACCAGGAUCUCUUUUUUCUCAAAAAUUGGAGCCCAAAGUUUGCAUCUUUUGGCUGCUAAAGUGUAGAAACAUAUUUCAGAUUAGACAAGUCCAUGCCCAAGUGACUGUGAAUGGGAUGCUCCAAAAACUCAUUGUUGCUAACAAACUCCCUUACAUGUAUGCACAGCAUAUGGCUCUGGGUGAUGCUUACACAUUAUUUGGUAGGAUGAGAAAAAGAGACCCGGUUAGUUAUAGUGUAAUGGUUGGUGGGUUUGAAGGUUGGUGAUUAUAUGAACUUUUUUGGGACAUUUAGGGCGAUUAUUCAAUGUGGUGUGUGGCAGUAAAAUUAUAAAAUGCCUUUUGUGAUAAGGGCGUCAGAAUAUAGUGGACCUCCAAAUCGGUAGACUGAUUCAUGAAAUUGCUUUAAAUAUGAUUUGGAGUUGGAUCAUUUUGUUUGUGCUGCGCUUGUGGACAUGUAUGCAAAAUGUAGGGCAAUUCAUGCUCAGCGAUUGUUUGUUAAAAUGCAAAAGAGGGACCUUGUGGCGUGGAAGAGGAUGAUUGGCAUGUAUGCUGACUGUGGUGUGGCAAUGCAAAUAAGUUGCUGGUUUUGUUUGAUCAGAUGAGAGAGGAAGGAUUAGCGGUACAAUUUUUAGGGUUAUAGUGAAAAACGAGGACCAGGUUGAGCUUUCAUUUACAAGAAUGUGGGAUCCCACACUGGAGGGCAAGUUUGUUCCCCUGAAUAUAGACAAAAGGUUUAUAAUGCUUCGUGGUUCCUCAGGGUUUUAUUCUUAUGCCAUUUAUGAGCACUUGAAGGAUUGGCCCGAUUUUGACAUUGGUGAAACCAGGAUCACUUUCAAGCUCAGAAAAGACAAGUUUCGCUACAUGGCCAUAGCAGAUGAUAGGCAAAGAUACAUGCCUCAGCCUGAUGACCGGUGCUCAGGAAAAUGCCAAAUCCUGGCCUACCCUGAAGCUGUCCUUCUCGUCAAUCCCACAAUGCCAGAUCACAAGGGAGAGGUGGAUGACAAAUACCAGUACUCCUGUGACAACAAAGAUAUUAAGGUACAUGGGUGGAUAUCUAGUAUCCCACAUGUCGGAUUUUGGCAAAUCACACCUAGCGAUGAGUUCCGAUCUGGUGGGCCCCUCAAACAAAGUCUAACAUCACAUGUUGGCCCCACCACCCUUGCGAUGUUUCUUAGUGCUCAUUAUGCCGGACAAGACCUGGUGCCGAAAUUCAGAGCUGGUGAGCCAUGGAAGAAGGUUUUUGGCCCAGUAUUUAUCUAUCUUAAUUCUGCAUCUAUUGGAGAUGAUCCGUUUUGGCUAUGGGAGGAUGCUAAAAUACAGAUGACAAACGAAGUCCAAAGCUGGCCUUAUAGUUUUCCAGCUUCUGAGGAUUUCCAAAAGGCUGAUCAACGUGGUAAUGUUAAUGGUAGACUACUUGUCUCAGAUAGGUAUACUUGCAAAGAUUAUAUACCAGCAAAUGGUGCUUAUGUUGGCUUGGCCCCACCAGGAGACAAUGGAUCAUGGCAAAGAGAAUGCAAGGACUAUCAAUUUUGGGUGAGAGCAGAUGAGGGAGGCUAUUUUUCCAUCACCAACAUUCGUACCGGUGACUAUAACCUCUACGCGUGGGUCCCUGGCUUUAUAGGAGAUUACCGAUGCGAUAUUGCCAUUACCAUAACCUCAGGUUCUUAUAUUGAAAUGGGUGAUCUUGUAUAUGAACCUCCUAGAGAUGGACCAACAUUGUGGGAAAUAGGCAUCCCUGAUCGUUCUGCUGCAGAGUUUUUUGUUCCCGAUCCCGAUCCAAAGUACAUUAAUAAACUUUAUGUCAAUCAUCCUGACAGGUUUAGGCAUUACGGAUUGUGGGGUAGGUACGCAGAACUAUAUCCUGAUACAGACUUAGUGUACACUGUCGGUGUUAGCGAUUAUAGUAAAGAUUGGUUCUUUGCUCAGGUUCCCAGGAAGAAAGAAGAUGACACACAUCAAGGAACAACUUGGCAAAUCAAGUUCAAACUUAAUAAUGUUGAUCGGAGAAAUGCGUACAAACUGCGAGUGGCUAUUGCGUCUGCAACUCUGGCUGAAAUGCAGGUGCGGAUUAAUGAUCCGAAUGCAAAGCGACCUCUAUUUACAAGUGGAUUAAUAGGGAGGGACAAUUCAAUUGCCAGACAUGGAAUUCGUGGGCUCUACUGGCUAUACAACGUGAAUGUACCAGGUGCUCAGCUUGUUGAAGGAGAUAAUACCAUCUAUUUGACACAACCAAGAAGCACCAGCCCCUUCCAGGGAAUUAUGUACGACUAUAUUCGUUUAGAAGGCCCGCCAUCUUCUAAUGUCAAAGAUGAACUUUGAGUUCAUCUUUCUAGAAAAUGCACAUCUUCAAAUGCUGAUUUGUAUUUUGAAAAAUAAGUGCUUAUUGUAUAUAUAGUAGCAUUUGUACAUCUUCAAAAAAAACUCGGCAGAGAAUGAUAUGUGUAUGAUAAUGCUUAUAGCCCUUUGUCUGAAAAAGGAAAUAGCUGAUUUGCUGUU